GCCGUUAAACACAUGAAAAAAUUAUUCAGUCCAUUUUUGUUGGUCUUUUUAAGACAUUUUACUAAAAUUGAAGAGGAGAAUAAACUAAAAUUAUGUAUCAUUCACUCCUGAUUGGAAAUAAUUUGCUUUUUUUCUGAUUUUUGCUGCUUCAGGAUUAUUCUACAAAAUAAUAAAAUAUGAUGGCUUCUGAAAAAAAUGCAGACAAUGUGGAAGUUUAUACUGUUUCUACUCCUGAAAGCUCUCCACAGAAAAAGGCAGGGAAUCAACAGAAAUUCUGGCACAUCGAUAAAGAAAUGAUUCGAUUUAAAUUGCACUACUUCUUAUUUAUUGGAGCUUUUGGUAUUUGCUUACCAUACAUAACUAUCUUCGCUCAAGUGAGAAUUGGCAUUUCUAAUUCUGCGCUUGCAGCCAUACUGACGGCACAACGUUGCAUCUUUAUCUUCACCAAGGUAGCCAUAGGAUAUAUCGCCGAUUAUUUCAACAAACUGAAGGCCACUAUCUGCAUUUUACAACUAAUUACGAUUAUUUUCUACUUGUCUCUCUUGGUUGUUCCAAAAAUCGAAAACGAAGAAGAAGUAACGACUUUUUAUAAAGUUGUUAAUAACGGAACCUGCUUUGAACUUUUCAAUAAUUCGAAAAUCUGUGUGGAAUGUGAAGUUAUACAAAAUAACAGCUCUGAAUCAACAGAAAUGGUGUACCAAAACCAUACCAUAAACAAUGAAUUUCAUUCUACCUCUCUUGCUCAUUUAUCAAGUAUUCUUAAAAAUUGCCUUGGAAACAACAAAAUGGUGUCUGAAAAUAGAAGCAAUGAUUUCAAUGAGUUAGAUUUGGAAAAAAUAAUGAAUGCUAUAUCUCUUAAACCAACUUCCUACUCAUGCAAGUUAUGUUGUAAAAAUACUGGGGAAUGCCGAACUAUUAGCAUUAAAAACUCCAAAACUCGCACGAUGGAAAUUUCAUCCGAAAGUGGUCAUAUCAACAAUUUCCAAACAUAUCAGUUCUGGCUUUAUGCAAUCCUCAGUACAAUUGCUAUGGCAUGCUCCAACGGUCUUUUCACCCUUACUGAUACUGCGUGUUGUGAAACAGUGCAAAAGACUGGCGCUCAAUUUGGUCGCCAAAGACUUUGGGGUGCUAUUGGUUGGGGACUGAUGUCUCCUAUUGGUGGACUUAUUAAUGACUAUACCGGAGAUUUUGCAGCUUCAUGGAUUAUGACAGCAGUCAUGUCGUUCAUAUCUUUAUUAAACAUGACUAAACUUAAAAUGGCAAAACCUCAGUUUUCGGAAAAUCUCAUGAAAGAUGUUGGCGCCGUUCUGGCGUCAAAAGAAUUCCUUGUUUUUACAUUCUGUGUACUACUGAAUGGUGUUGGGACAGGAAUAAUAUGGUUUUACCAUGUCUUGUUCUUGACUGACAUUGGUGGAAGUCGAUUCCUUGUUGGUAUGGUGAUGUUCAUUCAGUCCUUCGUUGGUGGAAUUCCAUUCAUGUUCUUUUCAGAGUGGAUAAUUAAAAAAAUUGGUCACUACAACUGCCUGAUUUUAUCACUUAUAGCAUAUUGCAUAAGAUUCUUCUGGUAUAGUCGCUUGUAUAAUCCAUGGCUUGAUCUACCCGCAGAAAUAUUUCACGGAUUCUCAUAUGGCUUAUUUUACACCAAUUUGGCUUCUUUUGCCAAACUUAGUGCCAAACCCGGAACUGAAGCUACAACUCAAGCGAUAUUAUUUACUGCUCAUGAAGGUGUAGGAAUUGGAAUAGGAUGCAUUGUAGCAGGGGUCCUCUUCGACGUCGUGGGAGGUCGCAGAACUUUCUUAUACAUGAGCAUAUAUUCCGGUUGUUCCAUCAUUCUAAGCAUCGUUCUGCAUUUCCUUGUCCGACAGAAAGGUGCCAUUACUGUGACUCCAGCCACAAAUACAUGAUCCGUUUCAAAGAAUCUGUUUACAAAUAUCAUUUCUACUUCAUUCAUCAUAAGUUCCAACGAAAUCGCUACCGUGUUUUCGAAUUCAUUACAUAAAAAAUAAUUCAGAUUGAUAAUAUAGGAUAUCUUAACAAUUAAGUGCAAUAAAUACUUAUAUAAAGUGACUAGAGCAGUGGAUGCUUUGAUUAGAUUACAGCAGUAAAUGCUUUGACUAGACUAGAGCAGUGAAUGCUUUGACUAGACUGGAGCAGUGGAUGCUUUGACUAGACUAGAGCAGUGGAUGCUUUGACUAGACUAGAGCAGUGGAUGCUUUGACUAGACUAGAGCAGUGAAUACUUUGACUAGACUAGAGCAGUGGAUGCUUUGACUAGACUGGAGCAGUGGAUGCUUUGAUUAGAUUGGAGCAGUGAAUGCUUUGAUUAGAUUAGAGCAGUGGAUGCUUCGACUAUAGUAAAACAGUGGAAUGUUUCGCUUUCUGUCGUACCUUUUGAUGGGUCCUUCUAUUUUCUAUUUUUGAGUCCCCCCCCCACCACCACCACCGUCAUACCUUCCCUCUUCUAACCACGUUGCGCUAAGGAGUUUUAUUGACAAUCAUAUGGUAUCCAACUAGGUUUAGAUACAAAUUUUAAAAAAAUAAAGCAUAGUUUUUACUGAGUCAAAUAACUGAAAUAGCUUUAAGCGGACCUAAUUAGGGGGGAAAUUGUAUAUAUUAUUCAAUUAAUUAAAUCCUUCAAUUAAUGAAAUUUUAUCAAAAGUUUCAGUGUUAUAAAAAACAGCAUAAUUGAAAAAAUAAUGGAAAUAUUUCGUUUUUAUUUCUCAUGCAUAGUUCUCAAACUACCACCUCCAUAUAGAAGUUAUUUUAAUAAAUAAAUAUUUUAUGAGAAUUUGAAGUUGUCGUUAAUAACUUUUCGUCAAUAUUUCUUUAUAUUUUUCAUUGAAAUGUCUAUAAAAUAUGACUAAAUACGACUAUUUUAAAAUCCGCUGUCUCUUACUGAAUA